UGAGAGCAACAGACUUAAAGCAAGGCUACAGACGGAGAUAAAGAUAAGGUCUGGAUAUAAAUGCUCACUCCACUGGCUGGGGAAUAACUGCAGCAAGUGACUGGAGGAUACAGAGAAAGGGGGAAACAGAGAGAAGAUGGAUGUACAAACAGAGAACGUGGACCCCCUGCCUUCUGAAUCCCAGCCGAGUGGAAAAAUCAGGAAAGGAUUCAAGCUGUUUGGCAAACGCAAGCCAGGUAACAUCUUUUCUAUCCGAAGCAAAGGGGAUGGAAACAACAAGUCACCUGUGAACAAGGGCAAAACCCUGGAUGGGUUAUCAGAGACCACUGCACCAGAUUUGGAGCAGGAGCCAGAUAAGGAAAAGAGACAGGAGGUGAGCCAAAGAGAGAGGGAGCAGGCAGAGGAGGAGCUGCUUGGCGAAGAUGGCGUUCUGGCUGCUGCCCCUGCUCGCACCUCCAUUUCUUCAACUAGCUCAGCCAAGUCCCUCAGCUUCCUGUCAUUACUGAGAGGUGGCCGGAGAGGAGUGGGGGACCGCCGAGCCCACACCGUAUCCCAACCUACGGGUCGGCAACGGCGUGGGCUGAAGGGUCUCUUUGGCAAUGUUAAGUUCCGCUCAAGGGAUAAAGAGGACCAGGAGGAGGCCCCUCCGAGCCCACUUCUCAUGUCGUCCCGCGCCAACAGUGUGGAAAUCAUCAAAGAGGACCUCACGCUCACCCCCAAAUCCCAGCCUCGAUCUCUGGACAGCCCCGAGACUGAGAGCUGUGAGCCGGUCAAGAGCUUAACAACACAGGACAGUGCAGCCACGUCCCCGUCAGAGACCGUAACUCCCCAGGUGACAGCAGGUAAUGUGAGUCGAACUAAUGAGAAUUUUCUGCCUUUGCCCACCUCGGAACCACCCUUGGUACCGGGUGAUAACAGCCUAAGCUCCUUGCUGGCAGACAUCUCCUCUCUCCUGACUUUUGACUCAAUCUCAGGGGGUGGAGACAUCAUGGCUGAUGUGGAGGCAGAAUGGGGAAAAGCCAGUAGUGCCAUCAGUGCUAUGGUGAGUGAAGUCACGCCAUCAUCCACAUCUCUCUACUCCAAAUCCACCAUCUCCUUUCCACUGAUUUCUACCUCUGCCGGCACUGCUGCCAUGGCAAAACCCUCUUCUACAGCCAUCAAAUCUUCCACUUUGACAACGCAGUCAGUCAAAUUGAGCUCAGACACUACUACAGCCUCUGCCAGCAGUAAAACUAAGUCAGCUCCUGCCCCCACCGCAACAAAACUUUCAACUACCCCUUUAACGUUAACAAGCCUUUCGGCUCCAGUAAUGUCUGCUUCUUCGAUAACAAUUAAAUCCACACAGAGCUCCACCUCUGCUACUACCACAGCUCCUCCAAACAACCCAGCCACUGUAGUCAAGGCUCCCUCAAUUAGUCCAACUCUUACCUCAAAGGCUAGCAAAUUGGCUUCAGAGAUUGUAGCACCUCCUCCAGGUAUUGAUUCAGUAAGUAAACCUUGCCCUGUAGCUACUCCACCUCCUGCAUCAGCUAAACCACCACCAGUAACACAUAGUCCUUCCACCCCUGUUGCUUUUACACAACCUCAGCCUAAUAAAUUGGAUUCAGCUACCACUUUGAACCUGCAAACUUCCACUUCCUACAAACCUUCCCUAAGUUCAGCUGCAGGAGAAUCUAAAGCCCCAGUGACAGUAUCACCAGCCUGUACUGGUGAUACAACCAAACCCUCCUCUCCAGCAACGGUUAUCGCCUCCAAGAUGACAACAGUUCCCACAUCAACUACAACCACAGGCUCGGUAUCUGUGGCCCUUUCCAAGCCUACCCUCAUUUCUAGCCCAAUGGACUUAAAUAAGACCCCUCCCCCUGUUGUCACUGUUUUAGAUCUUUGUCCUUUGUCUUCCUCUACCCCAACUGCCACAACUAAAACCCAACCCAGCCCUGCAUCUGUCCCAACUCCAUCAUCAACUUCUUUAGAUAAGAUUCCUCCCAUGACUAAACCCACGCCUGCACCAGUCUCUUUAGAUAAGGUGCCCUCUGCUUCAACACCAACUCCAGCCCCUACCACUCAUGCUGUUGUUUCAACAGCGUCACCAAAACCUCCUUCUCUGGGUCAGAUCCCAGACUCUCACUCUAACGCUCCCCCUGCCCCUGCUCAAAUCCCAAUUUCUUUGUCUAAAGAUCCCACUGCUCCUGCUCAGAUCCCAGUUUCUGUAUCUAAAGAACCUCCUGCACCUGAUCAAAUCCCAGUUUCUGUAUCUAAAGACCCUCCUGCGCCUAAUCAGAUCCCAAUCUCUCACUCUAACGCUCCCCCUGCCCCUGCUAAAAUCCCAAUUUCUUUGUCUAAAGAUCCCACUGCUCCUGCUCAGAUCCCAGUUUCUGUAUCUAAAGAACCUCCUGCACCUGAUCAGAUCCCAGUUUCUGUAUCUAAAGACCCUCCUGCGCCUGCUCAGAUCUCAGUUUCUGUAUCUAAAGACCCUCCUGCGCCUCCUCAGAUCCCAGUUUCUGUAUCUAAAGACCCUCCUGCGCCUGCUAAGAUCCCAGUUUCUGUAUCUAAAGACCCUCCUGUGCCUCCUCAGAUCCCAGUUUCUGUAUCUAAAGACCCUCCUGCGCCUGCUCAGAUCCCAGUUUCUGUAUCUAAAGACCCUCCUGCGCCUGCUCAGAUCCCAGUUUCUGUAUCUAAAGACCCUCCCGCGCCUGCUCUGAUCCCAGUUUCUGUAUCUAAAGACCCUCCCGCGCCUGCUAAGAUCCCAGUUUCUGUAUCUAAAGACCCUCCUGCGCCUGCUCAGAUCCCAGUUUCUGUAUCUAAAGAUCCCCCUGCUCCUAUUCAGACCCCAGUUUCUGUAUCUAAAGACCCUCCCGCGCCUGCUAAGAUCCCAGUUUCUGUAUCUAAAGACCCUCCUGCGCCUGCUCAGAUCCCAGUUUCUGUAUCUAAAGAUCCCCCUGCUCCUAUUCAGACCCCAGUUUCUGUAUCUAAAGACCCUCCCGUGCCUGUUUGUAGUCCAGUUUCUGUAUCUAAAGAUCCCCCUGCUCCUGCUCAAAUCCAAGUUUCUCAAUCUAAAGUCCCUCCGGCACCUACCCCUGCCCCUGCUCCUUGCCCUGUCACUUCUCUUCCUUCUGCCUCUGCACCUUGGCCGAGUGAGGUCCCAGCCUCUGCCAAGAUGAGAGGAAGUGGACAGGCAUCAGUGAAUUGGCAACUGGCUAGUCCAAGUAGCACAGGUGCCCAGGAGGCCCAGACUGGGCCGUCCAAAACAGAAGAACUGCAUAGUGAGACACGAAUGAGCCUACAGGGCCCCAACAGAGAAAGGAGGACACCACAAGUGAAGGCAUCAGGGCUUAGCAAAAUACCCAUAGUUGGAGGGAGCAGAGCAGGCAAGCUACCUGUCCGGGACAGCCAACAUGUCAAUGAUGACCCACCUACUCCUGUUCUAGAAGAAGAGAGGCCCCAUUUCAACUCACAUGAUGCAGGGAGCAAAGAUAAAAUCAGUGAUGUUGAGGCUAAUUUGCCAACCUUAAAACAAACCCAGGGGGACAGUCAGCAGCCUCCCCAGCCGAAAGUCCUCACCAGUUUGCCGCGUGACUCAAGGAUCCCUGUGAAGCACAGCACACAGUCUCACACUGUCUCCCAAAUCCCUCAAGGUAAAGAACCCCCUCGCACCAAGAUACCCGUGUCCAAGGUUCCUGUUCGCAGGGUUGGUAAUAAACCUGCACUUGUGGGAGGCAGCACCCAGAUAAGAAAAUAAAAUAAUGGACUGAAUCAAUCAAGGAUACAGAUUAUGGCUUUGACUGCAACUUU